AUGGCUUCUCUGGCGACUUCCAUGGCCGGAGCCGGGAGCUCCAAGAUUCUUGUUUCAUCGUGUUCGAUUAGAGUUGGGUUUCCUGUAAUCGCCGAUCAAAACUCGAGAUUCGUAUCGUUUGCUUACAGUCACAGGCCGAUCCCUAGAACGGCGAUCUUGCGCCGAGUGGCGAUAAAUGCUUCGAGCCAAGGAGAAACUACGGCUUCACCUUUCGCAUCCGUCGCAUCGCCGGGUCUAUACUCAGCUCAGACUUUCGACUUGACGCCUGAAAAUGUCGAUUUGGUCCUCGAAGAUGUCAGGCCGUUCCUGAUCGCCGACGGUGGGAACGUCGACGUUGUCUCCGUUGAGGACGGCGUGGUUUCUCUCAAACUCCAAGGAGCAUGUACUAGCUGUCCAAGUUCUUCUACAACCAUGACAAUGGGAAUAGAGAGGGUGCUUAAGGAAAAGUUUGGAGACACAGUGAAAGAUAUUCGACAAGUUUUUGAUGAUGAAGUUAAGCAGAUAGACGUGGAGGCAGUGAAUGCUCAUCUCGAUAUACUGAGACCAGCGAUCAAGAACUAUGGCGGAAGUGUGCAAGUUUUAGCAGUUGAAGGUGAAGACUGCCUUGUGAAGUACGUUGGACCAGAAUCGAUUGGAAUGGGAAUACGAGCAGCGAUUAAAGAAAAGUUCAAGGACAUAUCUAAUGUAACUUUUACAAGCUAA